CGCCGUGGCCCAGCGCUAACUGCACCACUGCGGAGAGGGGCAGAAGGUGGUAUUGCCGUGUCAUAUGGCACAGAGUAGCGUCCCUACCAGCCAGCCAAAGGGGCCCAAGUCUCCUAACAACUAGCAGCUCAGCGGAAGGGCUUCAGUGGGCUCUCCUGAUGCGCCGAGGCCUCGAUCACAGCCCAAAUGCGGGCCCUGUCGAAGCUUGCCUGUAGAAAAGGAAGUUUAAGAUCGCAGCAGGAAAAGACCCCCAGCCCCAAUCAUUCUCGGCUCAGUCUGGCGUCUGCGCUGCCUGGGCGAGCCCUUCCCCGCCCACCGCACCGUGAGAGGCAAACAUCCGCCCUAACGUGGCGGAAGGGAAGCGAAGGCGAGCCAGGCGCAGCCGGCACUGCAGAAGAACCAGAAGCAUUGGAGAGAAGAGUCAAUCGCCAGGCUGCUCCUGAAGACUGGCCCGCCGCUGCUGAGAUCGGAGCCAUGGACGCUUUCUGCGGUUCUCCUUUCUGGGAUCCCAACCUUACACUCCACACUGACAACCCGGACCUAACCCUGUGUUUCCAGAUUACUGUCCUGGCGUGGAUACCAUGCUUCUAUCUUUGGUGUAUCUUGCCAUUUUACCUCCUUUAUCUAAAAUGCAACAAUCGAGGAUACAUUAUACUGUCUGUGCUGAGCAGGUUUAAAACGGUCUUUGCUUUCGUGCUUUGGUGUGUUUGCUGGGCUAAUCUCUUCUAUGCUUUCCAUGGAAUUGUUCAAACCAGAACACCACCGCCUGUAUAUUUCGUAACACCGUUAAUUGUUGGCAUCACAAUGUUGUUAGCCAUGUUGCUCAUCCAGUAUGAGAGGCUUCAUGGAGUCCAGUCGUCAGGGAUUCUCAUCAUCUUCUGGUUCUUGUGUGUGUUAUGUGCUGUGAGUCCUUUGCGGUCCAAGAUCAUUGGUACUUCAGCUCAGAACCAGAUGGAAGACAGAUUUCGGAUUAUCACAUUUUAUGUCUACUUUGCACUGAUCCUCAUAGAGUUGGUUCUUUCGUGUCUUAAAGAAAAGCCUCCAUUUUUCUCUCCAGUGAAUUUAGAUCUGAAUCCUUGUCCAGAAUUAAAUUCUGGGUUUCUUUCAAAGAUGACGUUUUGGUGGUUCACUAGUAUGGCAAUCCAGGGAUAUAAGAGGCCUCUUGAAGAUAAAGAUUUAUGGUCUCUGAAUCCAGACGAUAAAUCUGAAGUGGUAGUACAGAAGCUCCAGAAAGAGUGGGAUAAACAAAAACAAAAAGGGGAACUGAAAAAACAUGUAUCUUACACAAAAAGUUCUAAUCAAAUGACGAACCAUGUUGGUGAUGCCCUAGAGGAAACUGAAAUCCUGAUUAGUAGUAACUUAAAACAGAAAGAACCAUAUUUUCUCAAAGCCUUACUCAGGACAUUUGGACCAUACUUCUUAAUUGGCUCCUUCUACAAACUGAUGCAAGAUCUGUUAUCUUUCGUCAACCCCCAGCUGUUAAGCAUGUUAAUUGGCUUCGUUAAGAAUAAAAGUGCUCCGUUAUGGUGGGGCUAUCUGAUUGCGGCUUUGAUGUUUUUCUGUGCCGUGCUGCAGACGAUAAUCCUUCACCAGCAUUUCCAGUACUGUUUUGUUACUGGGAUGAGACUGAGAUCCGGCAUCAUAGGGAUGAUCUACAGAAAGUCUUUAAUUAUCACCAACUCAGCAAAGCGUUCUUCCACUGUUGGAGAAAUUGUCAACCUGAUGUCAGUAGAUGCCCAGAGAUUCAUGGACCUGACUACCUUCCUAAACAUGUUGUGGUCUGCACCGCUCCAGAUAGUCCUUGCCUUAUACUUUCUCUGGCAGGCUUUAGGACCUUCUGUGCUGGCAGGAGUUGCUGUGAUGGUCUUACUUAUCCCAUUUAAUGCUGUGAUUGCUAUGAAAACCAGAGCACUCCAAGUGAAACAGAUGCUCUACAAAGAUUCCCGUAUCAAGUUAAUGAAUGAAAUUUUAAAUGGCAUAAAAGUACUUAAGCUCUAUGCUUGGGAACCAUCCUUUGCAGAAAAAGUUCGGGAGAUACGGGAGAAUGAACUUAAUGUUUUGAAGAAAGCAGCCUAUCUAAAUUCUUUGUCAACAUUUGCAUGGGUCAGCGCACCGUUUCUGGUUGCCUUGACCACCUUUGCUGUUUAUGUCACUGUGGAUGAAAAUAAUAUCCUUGAUGCAGAGAAAGCCUUUGUGUCUCUCUCCCUUUUUAAUCUGCUAAGGUUCCCACUCACCAUGCUCCCCCAGGUCAUUAGCAACAUUGUACAGACAAGCGUUUCACUGAAGAGGAUUCAGCACUUCUUGUUGCAUGAUGAACUUGAUCCAAGCUGCGUGGAAACCAACUUAAUUACUCCAGGGUAUGUUGUUACUGUAAGAAAUGGAACAUUCAGCUGGGCGAAGGAUCUUGAGCCAGCUCUGAAAGACAUAAAUUGGUUGGUCCCUAGUGGUUCAUUGGUGGCUGUGGUUGGUCAUGUUGGCUGUGGGAAGUCAUCCCUGAUGUCUGCUCUUCUUGGCGAAAUGGAAAAGCUCCAUGGGGAGGUGGCUGUGAAGGGUUCAGUUGCUUAUGUUCCCCAACUAGCCUGGAUCCAGAAUGCCACCUUGAAAGAUAACAUCUUGUUUGGCCACCUCCAUAAUGAACAGAAAUACCAAACUGUUUUAGAGGCGUGUGCCUUGAAACAAGAUCUUGAGAUGCUUCCUGGGGGAGAUCAGACUGAGAUAGGCGAGAAGGGUAUCAAUCUCUCAGGUGGCCAGCGGCAACGAGUGAGUCUUGCCCGUGCUGUUUUCAGUGAUGCUGAUGUUUAUUUGCUAGAUGACCCUCUUUCAGCUGUGGAUUCCCAUGUGGCCAAACACAUCUUUGACAAAGUUAUUGGACCAGAAGGAAUGCUUAAAGGAAAAACUCGAAUUUUGGUGACCCACAGCAUCAAUUUCUUGCCUCAGAUGGACAGCAUUGUUGUAAUUGUAGAUGGUAAAAUCUCUGAAAUGGGAUCCUACCAAGAGCUUUUGCAACAAAACAGGUCUUUUGCAGAAUUUCUCCGCAAUUAUGCAUUUGAUGAAGACAUAGAAGAAAAUGAGCCUACAAUGGAAGAUGAGGAGGUCCUGCUUGCUGAAGAUACCCUCAGCAACCACACAGAUCUGGCAGAUAAUGAACCAGUGACAAAUGAAGUCCGAAAGCAGUUCCUAAGACAACUCAGUGUAAUAUCUUCAGAUGGAGAGUGCCCUAGUAAAAUGUCAAUGAAACGAAGAGUAUGUGAUAAGAAAUCAUCUGAGCUUCCUCUACCCAAAAAGGGUCCUUCUGAGAAACUCAUUGAGGCAGAGACCACUGAAACAGGCACGGUCAAACUGACUGUUUUCUGGCAAUACAUGAAGGCUAUUGGCCCCCUUAUUUCUUUAUUUAUAUGUUUCCUGUACUGCUGUCAAAAUGCUGCUGCGGUUGGGGCCAAUGUAUGGCUCAGUGACUGGACCAACGAACCAGUAAUAAACGGCACUCAGCACAACGUGAACAUGCGAGUCGGAGUCUAUGCCGCCCUGGGUUUCUUGCAAGGGCUUCUUGUGCUGAUCUCCUCCUUUACCCUGGCAAUGGGUGGCAUCAGAGCAGCUCGUGCCCUCCACACAGCAUUGCUGGAGAACAAACUCCAUACUCCACAGUCUUUCUAUGACACAACUCCAACUGGCCGAAUCAUCAACCGCUUCUCUAAAGACAUCUACGUAAUUGAUGAAGUGAUACCGCCAACUAUCCUGAUGUUCCUAGGAACCUUUUUCGUUUCUUUAUCAACAAUGAUUGUGAUCAUGGCAAGCACCCCUCUCUUUGCUGUGGUUAUAGUACCUCUAGCAAUCCUGUACUUCUUUGCCCAGCGGUUCUAUGUAGCUACCUCUCGCCAAUUAAAGAGGCUGGAAUCUGUCAGCAGAUCCCCCAUAUAUUCCCAUUUUUCAGAAACUGUCACAGGAGCAAGCAUCAUCCGAGCUUAUAAAAGAGAGAAGUCUUUUGUUUGCCUCAGUGACACAAAGGUGAAUGACAACCAGAAAAGUUACUAUCCUGGAAUUGUAUCCAACAGGUGGCUGGGAGUUAGAGUUGAAUUUGUAGGGAACUGCGUCGUAUUUUUUGCAGCCCUUUUUGCUGUGUUAAGUAAAAACAAUCUGAGCGCUGGCCUGGUUGGACUUUCCGUGUCCUAUGCAUUGCAGGUGACGAUGUCUCUGAACUGGAUGGUACGAAUGACAUCUGACCUGGAAAGCAAUAUUGUGGCUGUAGAAAGAGUGAAGGAAUAUUCUGAGACUAAAACUGAGGCUCCCUGGAUAAUUCAAGACAAAAGACCACCAGAAGACUGGCCCACCCAGGGAGAAGUGCAGUUUACAAACUAUUCUGUCAGGUAUAGGAAAGGCUUGGACUUGGUGCUGAAAGACCUCAGCCUGAAUGUGAAAGGUGGAGAAAAGAUUGGGAUUGUUGGAAGAACUGGUGCUGGCAAGUCCUCUAUGACCCUCUGCCUCUUCAGGAUCCUAGAAGCUGUGGAGGGGGAAAUCAAGAUUGAUGGGAUGAGAAUCUCAGAGAUUGGCCUUCAUGAUUUACGAUCCAAGCUGACUAUUAUUCCUCAGGACCCUGUUCUUUUUUCUGGAACACUCCGAAUGAAUUUGGAUCCAUUUAAUAAAUAUUCUGAGGAAGAAAUAUGGAAAGCUCUUGAACUGUCCCAUUUGAAGAGGUUUGUCAGCAGCCAGCCAGCUAUGCUGGAUUACGAAUGCUCAGAAGGAGGAGAAAAUCUUAGUGUUGGCCAAAGGCAGCUUGUUUGCUUGGCAAGAGCUCUCCUCCGCAAAACCAGGAUUCUGGUUCUGGAUGAAGCUACUGCAGCAAUCGACCUUGAGACAGAUGAUCUCAUUCAGAUGACAAUAAGAACCCAAUUUGAAGAUUGUACUGUGCUAACAAUAGCACACAGGCUAAAUACAAUUAUGGAUUAUACCAGAGUCCUUGUUCUAGAAAAAGGAGCAAUUGCUGAAUUUGACACACCUUCAACACUCAUAGCAUCCAGAGGGCUUUUCUAUGGUAUGGCCAAAGAUGCUGGAUUGGCAUAACAGGACAGCUGAUAUACAACAUCAAAGGACUAGUUACUGGGAUUCUUUUUUAAACCUGAAUGUACUGUACUUUUCCAAACAGCAUUUUUGCUAUGCAGGAGCAAAAUAUUUCAUACGUCUGAGAAUCAGAAAUUUAAUUUUAUAUUUUUAAACAUAUUUUCUACAUACAGAUGUAUUUUUUUUACCUGACAAACAUCUUGCUAAAAUGGAUGUGUGUGUAUGCAUAGCACUUAACUGUAUUUUUAUUAUUUAGUAAAUUACAGCUAGUAAAGCAAUA